AUGACGAUGAUAGGCCCGAUGACGACCUGCACCACAGUGAUCAAUCUUGGUGGAGCUACACCCAUAGCGACAGAACAUCCACCGACAGCAUCCCCGCCUCUUGUCACGGACCCCCCUUCAGCGCGCUCCCCAUCUCCUCAACUAGUUAACCCCACUGAAGAGAAGAGUGACUCAGGUCUCGUUGCAGGAGCUCUCAUCGGCUCCGCCUGCGGAUUCUUCAUCCUACUUUUUAUCCUAUAUGCAUGCUGUACAAGGUCUCGCUCCAGAACCUGGAGCACCACCCGCUCUUCUAGGUAUUACGGUAGCUCGCAAUCCUCACUGGGUAGUUAUGGACGCGGUAGUUCCCGAUCAAGUCGACUCCACUUCCGGGGUGGUGGUGGGAGUGAUUGGGAAGGCGGGAAUCAUAGGGUGAGGCGGCCUGAGAAGGCGAGGGUCAGGGGUCAGAGGAGGACGAUGAGCGAGAAUGAUAGUGAUGCUGUUAGUAGCAGUAGAAGCCACAGAAGAAGGCGAUCAGGAAGGCGAGGGAGUAAAGUGAGUAAUGGGAGCGGGCUAGCGGGAUGGUAUUUCAAAUCCAUGAGCGGCGCCAGUUCGAGGGGUAACCAUGAGUCUGAACGGAGGAGGAAUGCUUGGAGGGAUGGCAGGGCGAGGAUCCAGACACUUGAUGAUUGA